GCCGGGUUACGGGUGUUGGUGUCUUUCGCCAAUUUGAAUAAGCAAUGGCUUUUCAACUAUUUUAUUGCAAUAUUAAAAGCAACUCAUUAAAAAUGAAUUAGAAUAUGUGCUUUCACUAUGAAUUCUCCAUCAAUAGUGGCGUGCCGUGAAAUUUUCGAUGAAAACAGUCAACCGUCUGCAGAGGAAAUAUCUGAAUAUGCCUGUCAACUUGGCAUUGAUCCUGAAAGUGAAACCCAUUUGUUGCCAUUGGCUAGAGAUGGGCUCAUGCAAGCCCUACCACCACCAUGGAAAGCAUACUAUGAUGAAAAACUGCAAAGUCAUUAUUACUACAAUGAGGAAACGAAAAAGACACAGUGGGAACAUCCGUUAGAUCAUGUUUAUAGGGAGCUUGUUAAGAAAGCUAGAGAUGCGUCUAUGUUGGAUGAUACCUGUGCAUCUGUACAGGAGUUACUAACGUCUGAAGAGAACACGAAAAACCUUGAAAGAGUCGAGACUAAAGUCGAAAGUGACGAAGAUGAAUUGACAACGGACAGUGAUCAACAUCCUUCAGAUGUGAAAGACGCGAACACAACCUUAACUGCGGGUAGCAAACGUCCAUUAGGAAGACCACCCUUAGGCCCAUUAUCGAGAUUGGAUAGAAAACUAAGUGACUUACGAAUCUCUCCCUUACGGCGUAGCGUAGACAGUCCAGUAUCGUCUAAACCCAAUCUCGUGAGAAAUAUAUCCGAUAGAGAUAUUCUAAAUCGUCCUACGUUUGAACGGCCUAAAACAUUAUUUAAACAGCAAUCAGAGAUUAUUGAUUUGAAAAUGCACGUGUUGUCCAGCCCUGAAGAGAAUUUUAGUCCAUUGUUGUCUUCUGCUAAAGUUGAUAAGGGAUUGCCACUAACAGGAAAAGGUAACAUGUUCCUGAGAAUAUCACGGUCUAAUUUACCAAGUCCAGACACGGAGAAAUCUUUGAAUCUUGAUUCUGUAACUAAAAGUGACCCUCCUAAGGGAAUCUUACGAGAGAAAUCAUCAGACUAUAUUCAGAGAAGGAUCGAAAACAUUGUCUCUGGAAAAAAUAAGCAAGCAUCAAGCUUUGAUGAAGAUAAAAAGAGUGUUAGAUUCAAGCUGGAGAACCUCCCCGAACCGACAGUGAGUCCCGGCUCUAACAGUUCGUCGGAACAGAACGACGGUCAGAGUUCCAUCAUAAGUGCGCCAGCACCAAUCCCAUCACCGCUCAAUCCCAUCACAAACACUAAUACAUCACCACUAAACCCACCCACUGUGCCUUUGAAUUCUAUUGUUCUGUCCCCUCUAGUUAGUAGACCCCCCAUCCCACCCCGUAUUGAUAGUCCCAGGGAGAUUAAGAGCAUUUCUGGAUCUGAGAAGGAAUCUUUGGCAAGUGAAAAUCGUGACAAUCGAGGUGCAUCCCCACGUCGAAGACUAGUUAAACCGCCACCGUCGGAUUAUAUAAAACCUGGGCUGUUUCAGAAAAACUUUCAUAAGAUUUCUGAUCUAGUACGCAGGAGUGAUAUUGAACCAACUCCAGUUAAUUUGGACGAACCAACCUCUGAUAAAGAAGUUCGACCACGAUCACCGCUUAUACCACAGAAAAGCAAAAUAUCAAUAAAUUUGAUGGAAAGUAUAGAAUCUGAAACGUCGAUUGACUCACCUGACAGAGAAUUCGCGAACUUAGAUCUCAACGAUCUUGAUGACUCAAAUGAAAACCAAAAUGUAGAAGAAACUGAAUCUAAAGAAAUAGAAAAAGAUAAAUCACCCAAAAUUGAAGACGCCUCCGAAAAGUCGUAUUCGAAAACAGAUUCGCUACAAAGAAAUCUAAACAUUCCAAUCCCAUCAAUUAAAAUUCCAAAGUUAGAUUUUACAAAACAAACAAAAUUUGCACAUUCCGAUAGUGAAGAUUCUAGGAAAUCUAAUAAAGAGGACGAGCCAAAGAGUAGUGUUAGAUCAAAUAGCAUAGACAUUCCAAAAGACUUGAGACCACAAUUAAAGCUGUCACCCACCCCCAGCCUAGGUGCCGAGAGGUCACCUAGAUUAGAAUUAAAUAAACCGUGGUCUAGUCCCUUAUCUACUUUUAAACCUUUAAAUAAGGCGGUGAUAGCGCCAUUAAAAUCAUCCGACUCAGCGUGUAGCCUAGGCAAAAGCUUAAGCCCUAGAUUAGAUGGAGUAAUGUUGUCUCAAGGGAAAUCAAGUUCAGAUAAUGUAGUUGUUGUUUAUCAGUUUGAAACGCAAGAUGAAAGUCCUAAAAUAAAGUCGCCUAUCCCAGAUAUGGGAGUAAGAGAAAUGGUAGAAAGGAAUAAAGCAGAUGAGAGAAGAAGACUGGAAUUGAAUCUUCAAAAAGAGUUGGAGAUGAUUAGGGUAGAGUUUACUGCAAAGGAGAGGAGAAUGAGAGCAGAGUUACAGACAGAGUUGAGAGAAGCGGAAGAAAAGUUUUUAAACGAAAAGUCUAUGAGGUUAUCAGAGCAAACGGAAAGACAUAAACGUGAAAUGGAGGAGACUCUAUCGACACGUGAGAAUAAUCAUCAGCAAGCUUUAGAAAAUUCUCUAAGAGAUUUAGAAAAUAAGUAUCAAUGUGACGUAUUGGCUGCGCAAAGGCAACACGAAAGCAACAUGGCGAAAGUACGGGAAGAUUAUGCUAGGAAGCUGUCGGAGCAAAAGGAAGAAUUGGAAAUAGAAAACGAACGCGCUUUAUCAGAAGUUCGUGAUCAACUCCAAAUGAAUUUAUACCGUGAAAAAUCCCGUAUUAUCGAAGAAAAUCGAACUACCAUUGAUGCACUGAGAGAGGAACAUACUGCUAGGAUUACGGACCUGAGACAUGAUUAUAGAGCUGAGGUGGAAAGGCUGCGCAGUCAGCACGCGUGCCACCUGGAGGAGUUGCGGGCGCGGCUCGCCGGCGAGCGCGCGGCGCGGCACGACGAGCGGGCGCUGCAUGACAAGUAUCGGUGCCUUAAGGAAAAGUAUGCGAGACUCAAGCAUGACGUUAAGAUGUCAAUAGAACGCCGCAACAAGAGGCGCGAGAUGAGCAUGACCACAGGCUCGGAAACUGAGAAGUCCAAUUCGCACAAAGCUAAUCAAUCCUUGGAGAGAUGUAAAGAAGUAAACGAGACAUCAGUCAGUGCUAUAGUGGAAACGGAACCGCCCCGUCUCAGACUGAACAAUAAUCCAAUGAGAUAUAAUGACAAUGAGACGUCAUACUCGGAGAGCAAUCAGCAGAGAACGGACAAUAAUAAUGACGAAUGGAAGAAUCGAGAUAAUCAAACGGGUGUGUCGUCUUUAACAUCAGCAUUGAAGCAGUCUCGUAAUAGACGCACUGGCGUUGCUUUCCGCGAACCCCCUAGACAUACAAGAACUGGCGCCACAACUGAUUACCAAGACUCGUCCGACGCGACCACCGCUGACGAGAAGUCGAAAGAGGCCGUUAACGGUCACCUUCGUCGUAGAUUUACAAGAUUAAAAUCAGCAUCAACGUCCAGAUUAAAUUAUUCGCCCAAACGCGGGGAGGGCUGGGCAAGUCCGCUGGAAUCGCUCCGCCAACAGCUGAGGAAGUUGGACGAUUUGGAAGAUCAGUUCCCGGAUUUGGCUUGUCAGCCCGCGUACAGCCUGCGGUAUCCUUUCGCUGAACUGGGGUCAGUAGGUGGAGCUGAUACGCCCGAGCUAGAGUUCGUGCGUCACCGUGCGGUGGUAGAGCGCGAGGGGAUGCGGCGGGCGCGUGCUGUGUUGCGACGUCGUAGAGCUGCUCUCAAAGAGACGCGCGCUGAGCUCUCCCCGCAUAGAGCGCCCUCGGAGGAGCGCGAGGCGACGGAGCUGGAGGUGGCGCUGCACCGCGCGCGCGCGCUGCUCGGCGAGAAGGAGAUCCGCCUGCGCCACAUCGAGCGCGCGCUGCGCCGCCUCGCGCCGCGCGCGCCCCCCGCGCACGCCGCGCCCGCCGCGCAGGAAGCGACGACGAGCGAAGCAUCGUCGGGCAGCGAAGCGGGCAACGAGGCGGAGGCGGGCGGCGCCGUGCUGCGCUCGCUACGCGCGCUGCACGCCGACGUGCGCGACAUCUGGCGGGCGCUCGACGUGCGCCGCCCGCACACGGCUUCACCUGAAACUAGUUCCUGUAAUAUGCCAACCACUUCACACACUAGGAUGACUUUAUCAGCCCCCGAACCGACAAUACAAGACAAUUCAGACAGCGUGGCGGAAAAGGCGAAAGGGUUACGCGCUUGGCUACAGACUACACCGUGAUUCAAAUAAUGACGUUUUUUUGCACAUUAUUCGGACAAACAA